AUGACAGUGCAAAGUGUUCCGUCCGUCCGAAUCGUGGAAGUAGGACCGCGAGAUGGUCUUCAAAAUAUCCGAGAUUCGAUUCCAACUGCGACCAAGUUGGAAUUAAUACGCCGGCUUGAGAGUACCGGGCUCAGCACUAUUGAGUUAACCUCUGUGGUUUCGUCGAGGGCGAUUCCGCAGCUGGCUGAUUGCCGUGAUGUGCUUGAGAGUUCGGUGGUUAAGCGGCUCAUCAGCAAGUCUCAUUUGAGACUUCCUGUUCUGGUGCCGAAUAUUAAGGGGUUGGAUAUUGCCAUUCGACACAGUAUUAAGGAGAUUGCUGUAUUUGUCAGUGCUACCGAGGGGUUCAGCAAGGCCAAUAUCAACUGCACUGUUGAGCAGGGUAUAGAGAGAGCGAGGGAUGUAGCGUCUCUGGCCUUGAAAUCAAAUAUCGCUGUCCGAGGGUAUGUUUCGUGCAUAUUCGCAGAUCCAUACACCGGACCCACGCCACUAGCAGCAGUUCUUCGUUGUGUGAAGGAGCUCCUAGAUGCAGGAUGUUAUGAAGUCAGUCUGGGUGACACGCUAGGCGUUGGGUCACCGUUAAAUAUCCGGACCCUCCUAAUAUACCUUCUCAACAAUGGCAUCCCACUCGAGAAACUCGCAGGCCAUUUCCACGACACAUACGGCCAAGCAGUGGCAAAUGUCUGGGAAGCUUACAGCCACGGAAUGCGCGUGUUCGAUAGCAGCGUAGCCAGUCUCGGGGGUUGUCCCUUCGCCGAAGGAGCCAAAGGCAAUGCGGCCUCAGAGGACCUUGUGUAUAUGUUCCACAAUGCCGGUAUCAGUACCGGUGUUGAUUUGUCAAAGCUGGUGGAAACGGGAGUCUGGAUCUCAGAGCAACUCUCAAGGACAAAUUCUAGUCGAGCCGGCACAGCGCUUGCGGCUACGAGCAAAGCCACGUUGAAUGCGAAGAGCAGGCCUUCCAAGAAUUCUUCCCUCCCAUGGAACUUCGUCUCCGAAACAGAACGAGCGCAGCUUCACAGAUCAAGCGUCAUCUUAAAUCGCCCCAAAAGCGGAAAUGUCUUAACAGCGUCCGUGAUAUCAGACCUGACUUCCGUGGUCACGGACGGCAGCAAAGGUUCACAACGGCAAGUUCUUCUAUACUGGGAUGGACCCAGGAAAAGGGAGUAG